AGAUCUAAGCUUUGAGUAUUGCUCCACCAUUGCAAAUUUGUGUUUCACUGCAUUUUAGUUAAGUGCUAGGUUUCUUGGGAGUUUAAGUUUGGAUUUGUAAUUUAGGUGUCAAUUUCUUCUCGUUGUGGAUCUGUUUGUGGAUUUGAGCUUAGCUUUCUAUUAUUUCAACUUUAGGGGAUUUCUUUCUCUGAAACUGUCCAUACUACAAGAUAAUGAUGACAGUUAAAGAAAUGGAAAGGAAAAGAAAAAUAAAAAAGUUUUUGCUUAUUAAUAUGAUGAUUUUAUAGGUUGGGAGUGUUCAAGCAAUUGCUUCUCAAAGAGAAGUCUAUUUAAGCUAAUUUAAGAGCUUGAGAAAGAGUUGCAGCUUGCACAGGAAACUAUUGCUAACUAGAAAGGAGUAGAAUCUCAAAAGUUGGAACUAGAGGAAGCCUUAAAGAGUUCUCAUGAAACUUAGUCUAGAACCAAGUGACAAAUUUAGAACAGAAAUUAAAUUGCAAGUGGCUGCUGAUAAUUUAUCAGCUAAGGGUGAGGGUGUUGAACCUAAAGAAGAGAUGGAAGUUAAGUCCAGGGACAUUGGAUCAAGCAUUUCAACACCAUCAAAGAGAAAGAGCAAGAAAAAAUUAGAAGCAACAACUUCUCAAGCAUCAUCUUCUUCUUUUAAGGCACAUAUUCAAACAACUAUUAUCCAUGCUUCUUCUGCCAUGAAUUUCAAGUCUAUUUUAGGAGUUGCUGUUGCUUGUUUGGAAUCAACACUCAACUCAGCCUGUUCUGAAGUAAUGUGAGCACACGACAACUGUUAAAGCAAUAGCGUGAUUUCCUCAUGUUCAUGGACUCCUUGCAUCUGGAGGAGGAACUACAGAUUGAUGUAUUCGUUUCUGGAAUACAACCCACAAACUCACACUUAACAUGUAUGGACAUUGGAAGUUAGGUAAAAGUAGUUGUCCAGAAUCAUUUUCAUAAUAUUUAGUUGACUUUGUUUUAAAUUUUUUUUAUUUACUGCAUGGCUGAUUAUUGGGUGGAAGCACUAUGAAAAAUACAUGCUCAUGUUGAGGGGUAUUUCUGGAAACUCAAACUAUAAAUGGAUCACAAGUUACCAAAUCAAACCCAACUCUACGGAAAAUGAAAUUAAUUA